AUGGGUUUGCCAGGUGUUGUCGCUACAGCCUUGGGUCUUGUGCUGGUCGUGACCCAGAUACGGACCAGCCAGUCUUUUCAAGAGAAAAGCGAUUGUGCAAGUGAUGGUCGCUACAUGUGUCGAAAUGGUAGCUGUAUUCCUUACAGUUUGAAAUGCAAUGGUGCUGCCGAUUGCUUCGGGCAGAGCGAUGAGUUGUAUUGUGAUAAAUAUAUCAUUGAAUACAAUCCGUUCUUCGACGUGCGUCUCAACGACUCUUCCGUUAUGCAGCAAAGUACGGUAGAUACACCUGAGACUUGUGCACGGCUGUGUCGGGAAUGGACUCCCGAUCCGAACGACCAAUGCGUUGCCUUUGAUAUCUCCGUUUACAAUUCUUAUUACCUGUGCAAGCGCGCCAGAAAGGGAUACGAAUUGGUGCCUAAUGAAGAAGAAGGAUACGUCCACUUCGCACCAGAUCAUAACUUCCCAACAGAGGAUAACGAUUGUGAAAGUGAUGGUCGCUACACGUGUCGACGUGGUGCCUGUGUUCCUCAUAGUUCCAAAUGCAACGGUGCUCACGAUUGCUACGGGAGGAGCGACGAGUUGUAUUGUGGUGAGUUUGCAGACUCUUGUUAUAAGUACUUGUUAGCACCAUAG